GUUAGUUUCAACCAUUAGUUAGCUCUUACAGGUCCCAGCCUGUAGACAUCUUUUACUUCAAUCCCCUGAACAGAUAGUUGUAUUCCUUCAAGGCAAUAUAGUGUGGUGGUUUCUGGAUGAAAUGUUUGCCGUUGCUUUCUUCAUCUUGUCUUUGAUGACUUGUCAGCCUGGGGUAACUGCACAGGAGAAAGUGAACCAGAGAGUAAGUCGAUCUGCUACCCCCACAGCAGUUACCUGCCAGCUGAGCAACUGGUCAGAGUGGACAGAUUGCUUUCCAUGCCAGGGCAAAAAGUACCGAUACCGGAGCCUCUUGCAGCCAAACAAGUUUGGGGGAACCAUCUGCAGUGGGGAUGUCUGGGAUCAAGCCAGCUGUUCCAGUCCCACAGCUUGUCAAAGCCAAGCACAAUGUGGACAGGAUUUCCAGUGUAAGGAGACAGGUCGCUGCCUGAAACGCCACCUCGUGUGUAAUGGAGACAGGGACUGCCUUGAUGGCUCUGAUGAGGACGACUGUGAAGAUGUCAGGGCCAUUGAUGAUGACUGCACCCAGUACGACCCAAUUCCAGGAUCCGAGAAGGCAGCUUUGGGGUACAAUAUCCUGACCCAGGAAGAAACUCAGAGCGUGUAUGACGCCAGGUACUACGGGGGCCUGUGUGAGGCGGUAUACAACGGGGAGUGGAGAGAACUGCGAUACGACCCCACCUGCGAGCAGCUCUACUAUGGAGACGACGAGAAGUACUUCCGGAAACCCUACAACUUCCUCAAGUACCACUUCGAAGCUCGGGCUGAUACUGGAAUCUCCUCAGAGUUGUAUGAUGAUGCAAAUGACCUUCUUUCUAAAGUAAAAGAGGACAAGUUUAAGUCUGGUGGAGUGACCAUUGGUGUAGGCCCAUCCAGCGGCUCUGUGAUGGUGGGUGUAGGUGUAUCCGGGUUAGAAGACUCUUCAUUCUUGAAUAAGUUAAGCAAGUAUAAUGAGAAGAAAUACAGCUUCAUGAGAAUUUUCACAAAGGUGCAGACUGCCCAUUUUAAGAUGAGGAGGGACAAUAUCAUGCUGGAUGAAGGAAUGCUGCAGUCAUUAAUGGAGCUGCCGGAGCAGUACAAUUACGGCUUGUAUGCCAAGUUCAUCGAUGACUACGGAACCCAUUACAUCACAUCUGGAUGGAUGGGUGGCACUUACGAAUAUAUCCUGGUCCUUGACAAUCAAAAAAUGAACUCCCGUGGUAUUACCAGCGAAGAUAUCAGGACAUGCUUUGGAGCCUCUGUGGGCAUUGAGUAUGAGUAUACAAAUAGCAUCACCAUCGAAGGAAGUUUAUCAGGAGAUCGCUGUAAAAAAUUUGGAACUGGCAAAAGUGAAAGCAGCAGGAAGGCCAUAGCUGUGGAAGACAUCAUUUCUCUGGUGCGAGGUGGCAGUUCUGGCUGGGCCGGUGGCUUGACACAUAACAGGAGCACCAUUACCUACCGUUCCUGGGGGAGGUCAUUAAAGUAUAAUCCUGUUGUUAUCGAUUUCGAGAUGCAGCCCAUCCACGAAGUGCUGCGGCACACGAACCUGGGGCCCCUGGAGGCCAAGCGCCAGAACCUGCGCCGGGCCCUGGACCAGUACCUGAUGGAAUUCAACGCCUGCCGCUGCGGGCCCUGCUUCAACAACGGGAAGCCCAUCCUCGAGGGCACCAGCUGCAGGUGCCAGUGCCGCCAGGGCUACCUGGGCCCUGCCUGUGAGCAGACGGAGAUAGAGGGAGCCAAAGCGGAUGGGAGCUGGAGCUGCUGGAGCCCCUGGUCUGCGUGCAGAGCAGGCACCCAGGAAAGGAGGAGAGAGUGCGACAACCCAGCACCCCAGAACGGAGGGGCCUCCUGCCCGGGGAGGAACGUGCAGACCCAGGCUUGCUGAGGGUCUCAGGGCACAGGCUGGAACAGGUUCUGCCCUGGGGCCACCUGCACAGGCUAUCGGAUAAGGACUUGUUUCAGCUCAGAGAAGUUGCAAAACAGCAUCGACUUUUUUCUUUGUCCUGCCAGUUUGCAGGCCUAAGACUAGGCUGUCCCACUGACAGCCAGCUGUUCCGCUAUCUGCAAAACUCAGUUGUUUAUUCAAGAACUGGAUGUCGGAGUGUUAACUAGAGACUCAGUCCUGCUCACACCCAAAACAAACAAACCCAAACCCAAGAAAACUGAAUCCAUAGCUUAGGAGAACUCAGAGGAUGGUAGAGGGACAAGGCAAGGACACACUCUUAACACAAUCAGUGCUCAAUAAAACAAAAUGUGAUGAUAA